CCUGUUAAAAUUUGUUUUCUCCUUUGGUCCCCAGAGCUGAAGAGGUCCCUGUAUGCGUUAUUCUCACAGUUUGGCCAUGUGGUCGACAUUGUGGCUUUAAAGACCAUGAAGAUGAGAGGACAGGCAUUUGUUAUAUUUAAAGAACUUGGAUCAUCUACCAAUGCUUUGAGGCAGCUACAAGGUUUUCCGUUUUAUGGGAAACCGAUGCGUAUUCAGUAUGCAAAAACAGACUCUGAUAUCAUCUCUAAAAUGCGUGGGACUUUUGCUGAUAAGGAAAAAAGAAAGGAAAAGAAGAAAGCCAAAACUCUGGAGCAGUCAGCAAACGCACCAAAUAAAAAGGUUAUCCAGGUAAGCUGCUUCUCUGUUUAGAAAAAAUGAAAACAAAACAACACAAAACAAAC